UAAUUGAUUUGAAUUUCAAAGAUGCGAAUUUUUAAUAAUAUUUCUUUUCGGUUAGGCCAGAGAAUGCUUGCAAUCACGUGAUCUUUUAGAAACCGGAAGUUAGUCUCUUUGAUCGCUCUAACAAUCACCAAUGGCGGACGCAGCAGCAGCACCAGCCGGUGAUAGCCCGAGGGGUGGAUUCCGUGGUGGCUUUGGAGAUAGAGGACGUGGCCGCGGCAGAGGAAGAGGUAGAGGUCGUGGCAGGGGCAGAGGUCGUGGUGCAAAGGAAGGUGACAAGGAAUGGGUACCUGUAACUAAGCUUGGACGUCUUGUUAAGGAUGGCAAAAUUAAAUCUUUAGAGGAGAUUUACCUGUUCUCAUUGCCAAUUAAGGAGUGUGAGAUCAUUGACUUCUUCCUGGCUCCUGGAACACUUAAAGAUGAGGUUCUUAAAAUUAUGCCUGUACAGAAACAAACCCGUGCAGGUCAAAGGACCAGGUUUAAGGCUUUUGUAGCUGUUGGAGACUACAAUGGUCAUGUUGGACUAGGUGUUAAAUGCUCUAAAGAAGUUGCCACUGCCAUCCGUGGAGCCAUCAUUUUGGCUAAGCUCUCUGUUAUUCCUGUUCGAAGAGGAUAUUGGGGUAACAAGAUUGGAAAGCCCCACACCGUUCCAUGCAAGGUCACAGGGAAAUGCGGUAGUGUACUUGUGCGUCUAAUUCCUGCCCCUAGAGGAACUGGAAUAGUCAGUGCUCCAGUACCAAAGAAAUUACUUACCAUGGCUGGUAUUGAAGAUUGCUACACCUCUGCCAGUGGCGCUACCUCUACUCUUGGUAACUUUGCUAAGGCCACGUAUGCUGCAAUAGCUAAGACUUAUUCGUAUUUGACACCUGACCUCUGGAAGGAGACUGUGUUCACCAAGGCCCCAUACCAGGAGUUCACAGACUACCUGAUGAAAAACCACUCCCGUACGGCUGUUCAGCGCCAAGAACAGAAGGUCUACUAACACUAGAUCAGAGGGCACACUUUCACCUUUUUUGGUGAAUUAUUAAUGUUCUUGAUGUACAGAAUGACAACAAAGCUGAAAAAAAAAUCUUGACAAAAAACUAGUGAAGAUAAAUGUUAAAUAUGGUAAUGAAUUAUUUUUUAUUAAAUAAAUGGUGUCCUUGUGAAAAUA